AUGUUCACUUCACUCAUUUUUGUCCCCUCAAAGGCGAAAAAACGCACUCAAAAACAACCGCGUAACUGCAUAACACACCGAUCGGAGAUGCAGUUCCAAAUCCUCCUUCUCCUCCUGUUUACUGCCGGACUCAGCUCCGCCGAAGAAGACUCGGCGGUGAUAGCGGAUAACCCGCAGCUGGCCUUUCCGCCGAACUUGGAAACCGGCGCCGACACUCUCCCCAAGUUCCUCGUGGACAUCUAUAACUGCUGGAAUUCUCUCGGAGCCAACCACAACCGCGCUUCAUGUUUGCCCGUUAGGAACCAGGCGGCCAAUCUCGACGACGUAAACGAAGUCCGAACCAUAAAGGGAACAGGCAAACGAACUGCUUCUGGGGUUCUCAGCCACACUCCCCAUCACCAGUCUUCCCUCACCUAUCACUUCAACAUGAGUCUCAGGCACAUCAAUGAAGACACGAUCAGAUAUGCCUACAUCCGCAUCCCAAAACAAGCUGAAACCCUCAAGAAACGAUGCAACGGCCCCAUUUCCUUACAGCUUCUUAUGAGAGCUCACUCAAAUGAAAGCGCCGACACACCACGCAACAUUUUCACCCUCCUUUCAAGCACACAGCUGACACAGGGUGACAUCGGUCGGAUCGUUCCAUGUUGAAUUCAGCGAUAUCACACAGCAGUUUAAGCAGUGGCAGGCAGAGUCAACAAGACAGAGCCAUCUCAGGCUCGUAAUCCGUUCAUCCUGCCAUCAUUCGCUUGCCCUAGAGGAUCUUGGUUUCAGACCAAACACGAGUGCUUUCAUUGUGGUCUUUUCCAAAAGUGAUGGUUCAGAGGAGACACUCACCAAACCAAGACUAGCAAUUGCAUCUCGGCGUACGAGAAGCACCCAGGAUGGGAGCAACAUGAGGGAAGAGGAUGGUGACAACGAAAGGGAUGCAGAUUCCAGCUCAGGAGAUGAACCAGCUAACGAUCCUCAACCCUGCCAACUCCAUUCAUACAAUGUUUCAUUUGAAGACCUGGGCUUGGGCGAUUUUAUAUGGUAUCCUCGAGAAUUUGAACUCAAUUUAUGUGCUGGAGAUUGCACAUAUCCACUGCUUUUUCCCCUUGGAGUGACCUGGCAUGCAUACAUACAGAACCUUGCAUCACUCCGGGGACUCGAUGAUAUCCCACCUCCUUGCUGUGUCCCUCUACAGUUGGGACCUGUUAGCGUCAUAUACGAAAAUGAGGAGGGGGGUUUUAUUUUGGCUAUGUUGCACGACAUGACAGCAAGGUCUUGUGCAUGUAAGUAACUUUCUCUUAGCAUAAUAGUGCCACUUUUGUCGAACAGGAACAUUUAGUUGACAGGAACAUGUGGUUAUUAAUGUAGUUAACAGGUACUGCAGUGUUUGAUCCUAUUACUUCACCUCUAUAUAAUAUCUUGAUUGUUUGCAUUUGAGUAAUGAGUGAGCAAUGUCUACAUGUAACUACACUGUUCUGAGAGUUUCAAUGUCCUAUUCCUUAACAAAAGACACUUGGCUUUCAAAAGUAUUAUAGUGUAGCUCAUAUUGACCGCCUCAAUGAAGUCGAACAUCACCAUCCUCCAGUGUAUAUUGGUAGCCACAAUAA